AUGCGCAAGGCCGAGCUCCAGGCGGAGCUAUGCCAAUGGGACGAGGACUGCCGCCACAUGACGGUGGAGAUGCUCCGUGCCAGACUGCGGCAGAUCCACAAGGCGAUGCCCCUCGAGGUGAGGCCAACGUCCAUGCACAAGAGAAAGGCGGAGUUGGUGAAGGACGCGGAGGAUGCCGGAUGCAUACUCACAGGCAGGGAGACAAAGGGGGACCUGCAGAUCCUGAUUGUCGAGAAGUGCAAGGAGCUAGGUGUCCAGGUCAGUCCCUCCGAGAUCAUUCCGUUCGGCAGGCACCGCGGCCAGACGUACAUCCACCUGUUCGAGAAGGAGCGCGAAUAUGCGGGCUGGUUGGUGAGCAUGCGGGACCCGAGGUUCAAGAAGCUGACCGACUGGUUGAUCUCCAAGGGUGUGGAGACCGAGGACAUGAUGAACAAGGAGAAGUUCGAGCUUCCCCAGCCGGAGGUGAAACACGAGAAGUCGGAGAGCCAAUGGUUCAUGGUCAAGGAUGUCAAGGACGAGAGCGCACAGAGGAUCCCGAACCGUCCGACGAUGAAGAGGUCGUGUCACGAGGAGCAGGUCAAGAUGGAGGUCGUCAAGACCAAGGAGGAUCAGAUCAUAGACCUGCUGGGGGACAUGAAGAACCAGAUGCACGCGCUGACCUCGAGAGUGCAGAAGGCGACCUGGCUGGCGGGGCACCUGGACAAGAGCGUUACGCCGGCGUGGUCGCUCCUGACGGACACUGCGAAGGUCAAGCUAAUGGAGGUUCUGCAGAGCCGUAAGAAGUCCAAGAGGUUGAUCAGGAACUGCCUAGCCCUAGUCAUGGAUCAGGUCGCAGAUCAAGGUCAUGUACAUUGGGAGUGGCCGAAGGACCUCUCACCUUACCGCUGGCCCGAGCUCCGUCAAGUUUUCCGAGACGCUGAGAUGCAGGCCACGGUUUGUGACGGCUGCAUGCUCGGGGUCAAGGCCAUAGACACGGGACUACCGAUGCAAAAGCCGUGGGAGAUUUGGUCGACGUCCAGUGUCCUCCGACAGCGACUGGCAGUGCGGUGUGAUGGGCGCCAUUCUCACUCUCCGUGUGUAGGCGGAGCCAGGACAGCGGCCACGGCAUAUUAUCCCGACGAGUUCGUCCGGAGGGCAGUCAGAGCAAUGCUGCACGAACCAGGAUACCUGGAGAUCAAACGACACAUCGAAGAGCAGGAGGGUGAGAACGACCUGGAGCUGGGCUACACGGUCUCGAAGUCUGAGGCAGAGAUCGACGCCGACACGCUCAGAAAGGUGGAAAUUUCAGCUCGACGUAUCCAUGCGGCGUGCGGUCACUGCCCGUUCGUCCAAGUGGCUAAGUCGUUGGCAGCCAAGGGCGCAGACAAGCGGAUCAUCGAUCAUGUCAGGCAGAUGCGUUGUUCAGCUUGUGACGAGAGUCAGAAGCACUGUCCGCCCCGACCGGUGGGGUCAGCUGACGAAGUUCCGAAGAAGUGGGCAGUGCUUCAGAGCGAUCUGGCUGAAUGGGAGGAUCCAUGUACUCACGAGAAGUUCAAGAUUGCUCUCUACCUGGAUAUGGGAAGCCGACUUGGAGUAGGACACACAUUAUUCAAGAUGGUCAAGAGCAGGAACGCCACGGCAGAGGAUCUGAAGGACUCACUUUGGAGCAGGUGGAUCGGAUAUUUCGGUCGACCUCGUGUGCUCCAGGUAGACCCUGAAGGUGCGUGGAUGAGCAACGCUAUCCGGGAGAACCUGGAAGGCAGCGGUAUUCAGAUGGAUCCCAUCCCAGGCCAAGCUCAUUGGCAGAUCGGAGGGGUCGAGAGACUCAUCAGCCUCAUCAAGGACACCAUGACGGUGUUGGCGAAGGAGCAUCCUGGGAGGUCAUGCGAAGAGUACCUGGCCAGGGCUAUGGCCGCGUACAACGAGUUCGACCGACACCGGGGUUUCUCACCUCUACAAGUAGCACUGGGACGGGCACCAGAUCUAGAUGGUGCGUUUGUCGACGUUCCGGGUGACCCGAUCAACCUUCCAGCCCUGGAAUCAGAGGCCGUAGACACAGAGUUCGGGAACAAUUUCCAGCUCAUGAGGAAGGCUCAGGAGGAGCUUUUGAGGUGGAUCUACGGCGAGCGAGCCAGGCGUGCAGCACAUGCCAGGUCUCGACGCCUUCGAGUCUACACGCCCGGCACCCUGGUCUACUACUUCAGGAAUCCGAAGAGCAGCUCUAUGACUGGACGUUUCUACGGACCCGCACGUGUGCUGGCGAGCGAGACUGUCCACCGGCACGGUGAAGCUCAAGCUCGACCGAGAGUGUGGCUCAACGCGUGCGGGAGGCUCAUCAGGUGUGAUCCGUGUCAGCUGCGAGACGCUUCGGAUCGGGAGAUUGCCGAGCAUGACAUACUGCAUGGAACCGAACUGCCGUGGACAUUCAACCAACUCACGAGCAACCUGAGACCAGGCCAGUUCGAGGAUCUGGCGGAGGACGAGCGUCUCAUACCUUCCGAUCGUGACUACGAUGAGGCCUCAGGUCUACCGGCCUCCUCAUCGGCAGUCGGCGACUAUGGCAAGGACAAGUCAGCCAGGCAGUUGGCGAAGGACGAGAAGGAGCAGGGUGCAUUGCUGGUUGAGAGUGAGCCUGAGUCUUGUUUCUGGGCCAAGGAAGAUAGCGCUGUCGAGCUCGAGAUUACUCUUCCGGAAGGAGCUAAGGCUUGCUCAGCAGUGCGAGACUUUGGAGCUUUCGUGGCCACUCAACUGCGGCGACAGAGAGCUGAGGUACGAGAACGAUCCUUGUCGGCCGACGACCUGGAGAAGUUCAAGAAAGCCAAGUCCAAGGAGGCCCAGGAGUGGAUCAAGGAGCUGGUCCUGGAGGCUUUGCCCGAUCAUGUACGGGUGCCAGCCGAUCGCCUCAUGCGGCUUCGGUGGGUCCUUACGUGGAAGAUAGAUCCAUCUGAACCUGGCGGACGAAAAGCAAAGGCUCGUCUGGUUAUCCUAGGCUAUCAGGACCCAGACCUGACCACCGAGGAAUCUUAUGCUCCAACAGCCACAAGGACAGCCCGGCAGGUUUUCCUUCAGAAGGCGGCACAUCUACGAAUGCGGGUGGCCAAGGGCGAUGUGAAGUCGGCGUUUCUCCAGGGUGAAGAGUUGGAUCGUGACCUAUUUGUUAGACCGACCGGAGACAUCGCGGAGUUUCUUGGCCUUCGACCCGGACAAGUAGCUAUCCUUAAGAAGUCAGCGUAUGGCCUGGUGCAGGCUCCUCGGGCGUGGCACCAAGCAGUGAACAAGAAGUUGCAAGAGCUGGGUUGGCGACAACUGGAGUCAGAUCCGUGCGUGUGGAUCCUGACGCGGUUCAUCUCUGAGGGUCAACCGGAGUACAUCAUCGGGAUGGCGCUAUCUCAUGUUGAUGACUUUCUAUUCGCAGGUCGUGACGGAGAUGAUGUGUGGGCUCAUGCCAAGAAGGCGAUCAUGGACGCUUUCCGAUGGACCGAGUGGGAGUACGGCAAGUUCACGCAGUGCGGGGUGGACAUUCACCAGCGCGAGGACUACAGCUUCAGGUUGGAUCAGAAGACCUACCUGGAACAGAUCAUGGAGAUCGAGGUGCCUCCUGACCGGAGGCGACAGCCAUCGUCGCCCGUCACAUCAUCAGAAAAGAGUCAGUUCAGAGCGGCCACCGGUAGUCUCCAGUGGAAGGGUACGCAGACCGGGCCAGACAUCCUAGCAGAGCUGAGUCUGUUGCAGAGCAAGACAGAGUCGUGCACCGUAGAGGACCUCCUGAAGGUCAAUAAGUUGAUCAAGAGAGCCAAGGAGGGUAACAACAGAUUCUUGGAGGUGUUUUCGUUUCCCGAGAAGGAAUCUUUGGCGGUCAUAGGCUGGGGUGAUGCUGCAUUUGCUAAUCGAGUUGAUGGAAAAUCCACAGAAGGCCGAGUUCUUGGGAUCGUCCCGGAGUCGUUUCUGGAAGGGAUCGAGACCGGGGUUUCACUGAUCAGUUGGCGUUCUGGCAAGGUUGAACGAACAUGUCGAUCCCCACCCGCUGCCGAGGUAUCAGCUACAGUAAAUACAGAGGAUGAGCUCACGUUUGUCAGGUUCCUGCUUUCGGAACUUUCGGGGUGGCGACCAGACCUUCGAGAUCCCUGGGCCCAAGUUCGACGAGUUCCUGGGUGUCUAGUCACAGACUCGAAAAACCUGUACGACAGAUUGAAGUGCCCCGAGAAGCUCAUGGGAGGCAAAGAGUUCAGAACGGGUCUCGAACUUCUAGCACUGAGAAACGGCAUCGAGGCAUGUGCGUGUCCAGUUAGAUGGGUUCACAGUGAUGCUAUGCUAGCGAAUAGCCUGACUAAAGGCCAUGAGCGUUGGCAAUUAGAUUUGUUUUUCAGUAACGGCUGUCGAUGGCGUUUAGUGUACGACCAAAUGUUCGAGUCCGCUAAGAGGCGGAAAGGUCAAGGGAUAUCUGCCCUAGAGUCCGUGACCGAGCUAGAUUUCCGUCCAGACCUUUGGGGUAGCCUCGAAGAGUCUCCGAAGGACUGAAUUUUCUGUCUCUGCUACUCGUCAGCUGCCAGCCUAUGGAUGUGAGCGAAGAUAUUUUAGGGUCGGUGUCGAUCUUUCGAUCUUGGAUCGUGUUUAAGGUUCGCUCCAUCCAUAGCCAUUUGGCUGCAGGCCUUCAUUGAGGGGCCAGCAGGGUCCCAGGGGCCAUCAGAGGCCCCCCCGUCUUUCUCC